AUGCGCGCGGAGGACGAGAGAGUCGCGCACGACGUCGAGCGGUCGCAGCUGCUUCAGAGGGAGCAGGACGACGCGACCGGGUUCACUCGCGGGGACUCCGCGCAGCUGUGCCAGCUGUGCGACGAGAAGAAACAGCUCUGUCCGGGGCAGCUGAAACCGCACCCGAUCUUCGACUUCUGCGUGUGUAAGCGGCACGCGAGCGGGUUGAAGAACCCUUGGAGGCAGGAGUAUGACUCGUGGUACGAGCGCGAGCCGGACGACGACGUCCCCGGGGAUCUCGGCGAGGGCGGAUACUGCGACUCGUACUGCUCCGCGUGCGGAGACUCGAACGAAGACAGCGUCGUGCACUGCGACGAAAAGUGCGGGCACGUCACGUGCGGCGAAGCCGGGACGCGGUGCCGGCUCGAGUUCUGCGAGAAGUGCUUGGCGUCCGUGUUCAUGUCGGAUCAUCGCGACCGGCACAACGACCUCCGAGGGCGGUGGCGGUGCCCGCUGUGUCGCGUCGUUCCGAGAAACGCAGACGCGGGGGGGGAGGAAUGGGCACAUCACAGAAACGGGUGCCCCGCGGAGGUACGCAGCGACGAAACGCUCGGAGAGACGGCGCCGCUCCUGCGCGAGGGCUGGAAAGCGAAGCUCAAGCUGAGGGUUUACGAGCUCGUCAACGACGUGGACGAAGGAGGCGAGGACGGCGACGAGAACGCCGGCGUCUCCGCGCCCGCGGACGACGACGCGGCGACGAACGCGGACCUCCCGGACCCGGGGACGAGCACCAAGCUCGGGAACACGAAGUUUAUGGUGUAUAACCCAGUAGACGGAGAGACGCUCGCGUCCGCGGCGAAGCGGAUGGGCAUUCCACACGAGAAGUGGAAGCAGCUCGAGCGCGAGCACGGGCGCAAGGACACGAAGCUACGGACCGGGACGGCGCUGAUCAUCAGCGACUCGCUGAUCUCAAACUUCGCGGCGAUGACGACGAAUCGUCCUUCCAGCAGAAAACGGUCGCGACCGGCCGUCGGCGCUCGGAUGAAACCGGCGAUCGCGAUGACGUGCGGAGAUUACUACGACGACGAGGACUCUGAAUCCGACGACGACGUGGACUUCGCAGGCGUCGGCGGAAGGCGAAGAAACGCGCGAGGGAGCGGCAGAUCCGCCGCGUCGCGGUCCUCUCGCGACGCCGCCGUGACUUCCGUCGCGCGCUGGGACUCCUCCCCGGGAAAGAACCCUUGCGAAGGAUGCGCGGGAAACGCGGAGACGUCCCACGGCCCGCACACGAUCUGGGAGGGCGUCGAGUUCGCGUUCGACUUGGACGAGAGAGCACGGCACGAGAAGAUCGUCGUGGACGCGAUCGGCGUCGGGAAGUUGGUCCCUCUGAACGCGUAUCCGUGUUUCGCGAGGAUGCUGCGAAAGCGUUUGUUCGCGCUCACGUGGAGCGGUCACGGCGCUCUCGCGUCGCACCGUCGCGUGGAAAAGACGAUGGAAGAGCUGCUAGGGGUGACGCAGCUCGGGUCUGGGCCGACGUCGUGGUGGCCGAAAAACCUCGGGAAACCGAAAGACUACCUGAUGUGCGUGAACGCCCGGGAGGUGGACGGGAAGAUGCUCGGCGAGAUCAACGAGCUCAUCGCGAAAAACGCGGACCUCGCCAAGGUGUACGUGUCCACGGGGAAACACCGCAAGACCGCGGCGUCGUUCUGCCGCGUCUCCGGAUUAGUCCCUUCGCGCCUGCGGUCAGACCGCUUGGAGAACCCGCCGGAGGCGCUGUUAGUCGAGGACCUGUUCGGUUUCCCCGCGCAUCACCUCUCCGUGCUCGCGACGAGUGGGAAGAAAAAAACCGCGAUGGGCGAGUGCAUCCAGGUGAACGUCCUGGAGUAUCUUUUCGAGCCGCUCGUGAAGCUGUACGACGACGACGCGCACUGGAGGAUGCGCGGGUGCGAGUCCCCGAAAAAGUCCGGGGGGUGGUCGAUCUGGGUCCUGUUCAACGGCGUCGGCGCGUUCGAGGUUGCGUUUCACAACGUCGCGCGACGCGCAAACCAAAAGGUACGCGUGAUGCUCGGGUCGGAGAUCUUGAAAGACCUGAAUCAAGUCGUCGAGGCGUGGGCGACUGGGCCGGAGGUAAAGGCGAAGAAAGUCCGCG